AUGGAUGGAACGUUGAGUGUAGAAGAAUUGACGAGGCUCUUACGAGAAGCCGAGAAGCGUGCGAAUGAGGAGCGACAACGCGCCGAGGAAGCUGAGAGAGAACGACAAGAGGAACGGCAGCGCGCCGAGCGAGAACAGCAACGCGCCGAGCGAGAACAACAACGCGCCGAGGAAGCUGAGAGAGAACGACAAGAGGAACGGCAGCGCGCCGAGCGAGAACAGCAGCGCGCCGAGCAAGAACAGCAGCGUGCUGAGCGGGAACAGCAACGCGCCGAAGCGUCAGAGGAACAAACACGACUUACGACACUCGAUGAGUACAUUGUAGCCUGCCAUACCUCCGUUUUCUCCCGAUUUGCCAUUGAAUCAGACCCAAAUUUAACCUCCAAGGGUUCUAUCACAAAUCCGCGUGACAAGUGGUGUCCCAAAAAUCUGAGGCCGUGGCCCGACUUCCUCGAUCAACAAAAGCUUAUCUUCGGCACACUCUACGAUUCAUUCCCUACCGACCGUCGCGUCUUCGAGGACCGAGCUUUCCUGGCUGGCUUGGGAAACAGGAUCUCCCAACGGCCGAUAGCAGACGAGAAGACGCUCGAGUAUUUUCUGCAUAAUAGCGUGGAGGAUCCGGUCAGAGCCAUCAUGCAACAACUCAAAUUGGUGGAAGAGGUUAGAAGGGCCUUUCAGGUCGGAGAUGGCGUCGUGUUUGAGAACCAUCCACAUGCCCUCAGCGACAUUGCCGAGGAAGUCGUGGACAGGGAGACCGAGACCCCAACUACACCACCGCGGACGCCGGACCAUCGAAGAGACCUCAACCAGCUACGCCCGGAUCAAAUCUGCGUCUAUCGAUCUGAUAAUACCCCCUCUUCUCGGCGCACCAUGGUUUACGUUUCCGAGUAUAAACCGCCUCACAAGUUGACCGCUCCGUAUCUUCGUCUCGGCCUCCGCGCCAUGGACAUCCAUAAAGAAGUUGUGAACCGAAAGACGAUUCCAACUUCUAUAAACCCUGACGCGCGCUUCCAGUACCACGCGGAGAAGCUAACGGCAUCUGCUAUCACACAGACAUACCAUUACAUGAUCGAGAGUGGACUUGGAUAUGGGCUUUUGACUACCGGCGAAGCCAUCGUGUUUCUCAAGAUUGACUGGGACGAGCCUGGGACGCUGUACUAUCAUCUAGCGGAGCCUGGUCCGGAGGUGUCAGCUCAUCCAAACAACCUCCAUAUCUGUUCGGCCGUCGGUCAAUAUCUUGCGUUCACUCUCAUGGCUCUCGGCUCGCCAGGAGAACGACGGGAGAAUGGGCAGGAGGAGCGCGAAAGAGCUAUGGGGAACUUGAAGACAUGGACUGAGGACUUUGAAUCGACAUUACGCUCUAUUCCAGAAAAUGAACGAUCGGCGUCAUCGGACUACUCGCCUAGUCAAGAACCUACCACCUAUAAGGGCAUCGACCGGACGCCCCGCUUGCCCCGGAAAAGAACACGCCGAACUGCUGAGUGCCAGAUUGGCGAGAGGUCGUCGAGAAAGGACGACAGGCACGAAUCAUCUGAUGAUGAGUCGACGCUCCCUCCCGCUCCACCGGACACGCCUACGCCAACUGGACGAAAUACAAGACAAGGAACUAGGCGAAGCCAGCGACUGGCGUUACGGCCGCGCGGAGGAGGCGGCGAGCAGGGUCGGCAGUACUGUACGCAGAAAUGUCUUCUGGGGAUGGUCAAGGGUGGCUUCCUUGACCCAAAAUGCCCAAACGUAACACUUCACCGCAAGAGCUGUGCUCCUGCCCGCGCACAUCAUCCUGUCAAUCACAAGGAGUGGCUUCGUCUACUCCGGAAGCAGCUGGCACAGUCUCUCGACGACGGGAUCAGGCCUUUGGGAACAGGUGGUGCGCGAGGAGUGCUUUUUCAAGUGACCCUUCUUGCGUAUGGCUAUACCUUUGUCAGCAAAGGUACGGUGCGGGCUUUCAUCAAAGAUCUCGAGCACGAGGCUACUGUCUACGAGCGUCUCGAACCAAUCCAAGGUGUCCACGUGCCUGUUUUCCUGGGUGCCAUUGACCUUCGCUCGAUGAACAAGACUUAUUACUAUGACCACCGAGUUUACGUGGUGCACAUGACAUUUUUGUCCUGGGGAGGCUGCAGCAUCGACAGAGCACAGAGAACUGGCGACAUGGACAGGUCGCUUGAAGACGAGGCCAUUCGGUCCUUGAAAGCCAUGCAUCGGGAGGGCGUGUUACACAAAGAUGUGCGACUUGCAAACAUGCUAUUCAACUCCGAGACCAGCGGGGUUGUGGUGAUCGACUUUGAACGGGCUUUGCUACUCAAGCCGCCUCGGCGUCCGUUGGCGCAGCUGGUGUCGAACAAGCGAGCGCGGAAGUCCGAGACGAUGGACGCCACUAAGGUAACUAAUGAUUCAAGCAAGCGAAGUCGGCCAUAUCAACACUUCUCAGAAGAUAUCCUGUUAGCAAAGACGGCGUUCUCCGAGUGGAAUGCUGAGCGGUGGACAUGA